GGUUCGGAGGUGGGAUGAGGCAGCUAAGGAAAGGCGGCUCCGGAGGAGGCCCUGGACCCUCCCUGGGCGGCCAAGAGUUCAGCAGAUCCAUGUAAGGAUGGCAGCUUUUCUCCAUUUGCUACUAUAUUAUUUCUGGAUAGAGUGGUUAUAAUAUUGAAAGAAGACUGAUGACUUAAGCAAGUACUAUGACAGGUUACCUACUCAUAUAACAGCACCAUUCUGAAAAAGAAUCACUCAAGAUUUUUGAACAUUUGGCUACCUUACUUUACAAAAUGAACCGUUAUACAACUCUGAAGCAACUUGGGGAUGGAACCUAUGGCAGUGUUCUGAUGGGGAAGAGCAUUGAAUCAGGGGAGCUUGUGGCCAUCAAAAGAAUGAAAAGGAAGUUCUAUACUUGGGAAGAAUGUAUGAAUCUGAGGGAAGUUAAGUCUCUGAAAAAACUUAAUCAUGCCAAUGUAAUAAAGCUGAAAGAAGUCAUUCGAGAAAAUGACCAUCUGUAUUUUGUUUUUGAAUAUAUGAAGGAAAAUCUGUAUCAGCUAAUGAAAGACAGAAAUAAACUGUUUCCCGAGUCUGUCAUCAGGAACAUUUUGUAUCAAAUAUUACAAGGGUUAGCUUUUAUCCAUAAACAUGGAUUUUUUCAUCGAGAUAUGAAACCUGAAAACCUUCUUUGUAUGGGUCCAGAACUUGUUAAAAUUGCUGAUUUUGGAUUGGCUAGAGAACUAAGAUCUCAACCUCCAUACACGGAUUAUGUUUCCACCAGAUGGUAUCGGGCACCUGAAGUUUUAUUGAGAUCUUCUAUUUAUAGUUCUCCGAUUGACAUUUGGGCUGUUGGUAGCAUAAUGGCUGAACUAUAUACACUAAGACCACUUUUUCCAGGAACAAGUGAAGUUGAUGAAAUUUUCAAAAUUUGCCAGGUGUUAGGAACACCAAAGAAGAGUGAUUGGCCAGAAGGAUACCAGCUUGCUGCUGGAAUGAAUUUUCGAUUCCCUCAGUGUGUUUCAAUAAAUCUAAAGACGCUCAUUCCAAAUGCCAGCAGUGAGGCAUUGUUUCUCAUGAAUACAAUGUUGAAUUGGGACCCAAAGAAACGACCUACAGCAAGUCAGGCACUGAAGUUUCCUUACUUUCAAGUGGGUCAGGUUUUAGGACCACCUCCACAAUGCAUGAAUCAGAAACAGCCAUAUUCCAAGAUAACAGAACGGAAACCAUCUCUGCCCAAACUUGAACAUAUAUCAAAAUUAGAAGUUGUAUCUGUGCCAGAAUCUCAGACUUCACUAAAUGUAUCAGAUAAGCUACAGUGUCUACCCAAGAAUAACCAACAUCCCCUCCAGUCAAUCCAGCUGCCUCAGAAUGCAGUGAGUCAGCAACCAUCAGUACAGCAACAGCCUCAGUCGUUCCUUCCAGCCAUCAGUAAAAACUCAACAUCAAAACACAUAGCCAUAGGACCCUCAAACGGUACAAUGGGUAUGAAAAACAAUCGACGCCGGUGGGGUCAAACUAUGUUAAAGACAGUGGAUGGUUGGGAUGAUUUUGAUGAUGCAGACUUUGGAAUGUCUUAUUUUAAGAAGCCUAGCAUUAUGGUGUUAAAUGAAAAGAAAACAAAAGAAUCACUUUUUAGCGUUCCUGAGUCUAAGUCUCCUACCUCUGGCAGGUCAGGAGAAAACAAAGUUCUGAAGAGAAACGACUCUGGAAUGUCAACUACUUCGGCAAAACAGUACUAUUUGAAGCAAUCAAGGUAUAUUCCUGGUGUAAAUCCUAAGAAUGUUUCCUCAGGAGCAGUCACUAAAGAAAGAAUCCAUGGUACUUGCAACAAUCCUUUGUUUUCAAAAUCAAUAGCACCAAUUGGAGGUCUGUCUUUCAAUCAAGUCAAUGCAGCUGUAGGAAAUGCUGGCUUUAUUGGUGCUGCUUACAAUGCUCCUGGAGGAUAUAUCCCUUCAUUUCACAAAAAAGAGGUUGGUUCAGCAGGUCAAAGGAUACAAUUAGCACCUCUUGGUCCAUCAGUUACAGAAUAUGCUUGGAAAACCAAGGCCUCUCGUGCCCAAUUGCCAGGACCUACUUACAGCCCUGCUACAAAAGGCAUGAACAUUUUAACUCACCCACCAGCAGCGCAACCUGUGCAUGGAAGAACUGACUGGAUAGCCAAGUACGGAGGGCAUCGAGAAUGAAGACAUAGUCACUGAGCCAACUAUUACUAGUAUUUACAAAAGUGGUGCACCCCUAAGGUUCAGUUCUAUUUUAGAUUUUGCAGGACUAGGAUUAUCCUUGUAUGUGAUUCCUGUGAAUGUAUAUGUGUUAAACCAUUUUCCUUUGAUCGGUGAAGAACCUGUCUCUGGUUAUGACUACGGAACUUAUAGGUGGGAAAGAAAGGUAUCAUAUGCUAUGCAUUGGUCCUGGUUCCAAGAGCUUACAGGCUAUCAUGUAUUGCAUAGACAUAGUUAGAUACAUAUAUCAACUGUUACUAUUGAUUCUGAAAGGAGGGAAACUUUUUUUUGCAGAAGUGUUUGGAAAACAGAAAGUCAAUGUAUCUGUGGAAUCAUUUACUUGAGGUUGUCAGAUUUGGCCUGACAAUUGGAAAAUAUUAUGAGUGAAUGAUAUUUAGGAAGGAUACUUUCCUGGGAAGGCUAGAUAGCAUUAUUUAAUCAGAAAAGAAGCAUUUAAAUAAUUAUUACUUGUGGCUCUCUAAGAAGGCAUUCUGGCGGUAUUUCUGAAAUAAUUUCCAAGAAGUCUGAGUAACUUUGUAACUUUGCUUUUUCCCUAAAUUAUUUUUAGUGGAAUUUGAUCACAGAAUUAGUCAACUUAACUGUAGUGCCUUCACUUGGUAACUAGAGCUGAAUAACUCCAGAAUUCUCUUUUUAAUUCCUAAAGGAAUUGCUUAAAUCUGGUAAUAUCUGCCAGAAUUUACUCUUCAAACCUAAUUUUGUAGUAUAGCAUUGAUAGCAUUAUCUGGCCUAAAGAAAUAUUUUGAAUAUAAGUACACAAUGGCCCAAAAUUGUCCUGGUAUUUCAAGUUCAUAUUUUUAGUGAUUUCUCUAAUAUAUAAGAACUCUUGCUUUAUCUAACAGAAGUCACUUUAAAACAAUGCUUUUCAAACUGCUAAAUAUAUUUGUUAUAUUGAAAUUGACAAUCUAUACUUGUUAAAAUAGCACUUAUAUAUUAUUAUUCAAUUGUAAAAUAUUAUUUGCAUACUGAAAAGUAUUUUGUAUGUGUUUUAUUUUUAAAAAUUGUACACUAUUUUUGUUGUGGAGGACAUAUUUGAUUUGAAUUAAGACUUAAAGUAGAAUGCACAUAACUAUGCUGUCUCAAUUUCAGUAGGAUUUACUGCUAAGUGUAUUUACACAAUGAAUCCUUGAAUUAAUAAUAUAACGGCCAAUUAAUAUUAUUGAAUAAUUUUGAAAGUUACUGUUAUGUGUACAAUAUUUUAUCCCAAUGCAGAAUAGCAGGAAUAUUAAACUGAUUUAUUUCAGUCUCUCAAAACUUACAUAAUUCACUGUUAUAAAUGCUGUCUUAAAGGAAUCUACCUAAAAGUUUCAUAUAAAAAAAUCCACAAAGUUGCUUUUGCAACUGGGCUAGUUUUCAACUGAAAAUAAUUUGUUUUAUUAUAAAGUGAACUUCUCAGGAACACCACAUAUAUUAUAGAAGUCUUCCAUCAGAAAAUGCAAUGUAUUUAUUUAUACCUUAAUAUUUGUUUGUACAGUCUGAUUUUCUAUCCUGGUAUUUUGAAGCUGGUUGGUAGACUAAAUAAAUAAAAAAAUACAACCA